UUCUAUGCGAUUGAAAGCUAUACUGGAUUGCUUUUUCUGGUGCCUUAGUAAAUCCCUAUUACUUCCAUCACCAACCACAAACCCAGUAUCCAAGCACAGAUCGAAAUCAACACGCUCGUCCACGCUGUAAUGGCAGAAAGGGUAGUUACCUUUGUUUUAGAUCACUUAGCCCAGCUUGCCGCACGCGAAGUUAACUUGCUGUAUGGCGUGGAGGAUAGAGUCCAGUCCCUCCAGUACGAACUUCAGAUGAUCAAAGAGCUCCUCAAUACCACAAAGAAAAAGAAGGGAAUGGAACAUACUGUAUUCAACCACAUCAGAGAUGUGGCCCACUUAGCUGAGGAUGUCAUCGACACUUUCGUAGCCAAAGUUUCCAUUUACAAGAGGAGAACCAUUAUGGGGAGGAUGCUCUGUGGCUUUGGCCAAGCAAGGUUGCUCCACAACGUAACCGACAAAAUUGACAAGCUCAAAACCACUCUCAAUGAGAUACGCGACAACAAGGACAAAUAUGACGCUUUCAAAGAAACCACUAAUCAAUCCACAGCAGAAGCAGAAGAGGAGGAGGACAAAAAAAGGUUGCAAUCGCUACAGAAGCUAAGAAGAAAUGUGGAGGAAGAACAUGUGGUUGGCUUUGUCCAAGACUCCAAGGAUGUCGUCAAGAGACUCGUGGGAGGUGGUUCAAAUCGUAAAGUUGUCUCUAUCGUUGGCAUGGGGGGAUUGGGGAAGACCACCCUUGCCCGAAAGGUCUAUAAUAGCAGCCAGGUGAAGAACCACUUCGAUUGUCGUGCAUGGGUUUAUGUCUCAAACGAGUGUAGAGUUCAUGAUCUUUUGAUUGACCUUCUUAAGCAUUUGAUGCCAAAUUUUGAACAGCAACGUAGAGGCAAGAAAAGCGCAGGAGACAUUAAGGACCUUAGUAAGGAGGAACUGAAGAAACAUGUGUGGAACUACUUGGAGAGGAAAAGGUAUCUUGUGGUGGUAGAUGACUUGUGGAAAAGGCAGGAUUGGGAUGAGCUGAAAGAUGCAUUUCCAGACAACAACAGAGGCAGCAGAAUAUUGAUCACUAGUCGUUUGAAAGAGGUGGCCUUGCAUGCUGGUGAUGAUGUUCCUCACCAUCUUCAAUUCCUUAGUGAAAAAGAAAGUUGGAAGUUGUUUUGCCGGAAAGCGUUUAGGGGUAAAAACUGCCCUUCUGAUUUGGAGCCUCUAGGAAAGCAAAUGGUUCAAAGUUGUCGUGGUUUGCCGCUCUCCAUCAUUGUCUUAGGAGGGUUGUUAGCCAACAAGGAAAAGUCAGAUAGAGAAUGGUCUAAAGUGGUAGGUCAUGUUAAUUGGUAUCUGACUCGAGAUGAGACCCAAGUGAAGGAUAUAGUUCUCAAACUCAGCUACGACAACUUGCCAAGGAGACUAAAACCAUGUUUUCUCUAUCUUGGCUUAUUUCCUGAAGACUUUGAAAUACCUGUUACGCCAUUAUUGCAAAAAUGGGUUGCGGAGGGUUUUAUACAAGAUACAGGAAAUAGAGACCCAGAUGAUGUUGCGGAAGACUACUUGUACGAGCUCAUCGAUCGCAGUUUGGUCCAGGUAGCAAAAAUGGAUUUUAAUGGAGGUUUGAAGACAUGUAAGGUUCAUGAUCUUCUUAGAGAUCUUUGCAUAUCAGAGAGCAAAGAGGACAAAGUGUUUGAAGUUUGCACAAACAAUAACAUUCUACUCCCUACCAAACCUCGUAGACUGUCCAUUCAGGUAGACAUGGGUCACUACAUUUCUUCAAGCAAUAAUGACCAUUCAUGUAUUCGUUCCCUGUUUUUCUUUGGGCCAAAGUAUGAGGUUCAUGGCAGAGAGUGGAAAUGGCUUUUGGACGACUUCAAAUUGGUUCGAGUGUUAGAGUUUGGACCUAACAGGUGUCAAAAGAUCCCUUCCAAUUUAGGGAAUUUCAUCCACUUAAGGUACUUGAGAAUAGACUUAAUGUUUGGUACAUUUGUUCCAGAUUCAAUACUCAACCUUUGGAAUCUACAAGCCAUAGAUCUGGGUAUUUGGAGGUAUGACGUUCCGAUUUCUUUCCCUAUUCAAUUGUGGAAACUCAAAUAUUUAAGGCAUUUGAAUACACAAGGGCCUAUCAAGUUGCGAGGAAGAUGUUCACCAUCCUCAUAUGAGAAGAUGUGGAAUCUUCAAACCAUCUCUCCCCUUAUACUCAAUGUGCAAGCAACGUCUCUAAUAGGGAAAGGAAUAUUCCCCAAUAUUAAGAGUAUGGGGUUGGAUGUGGAGGAUCAUGGUUAUGAAGGUAAAUUUCCCAAUUUAUUGCAGAACCUACAACAAUUAAUGCAUUUGAAUAAAUUGGUGAUUUUGUUAGAUUCCAAGUCCCAAGAACUGGUUCAAAACCUAGGACAAUUAAGUUGUCUAACUAUCUUAAUCAUUGAUAAUGUUUUGGACCUUCUAACCUCUGAAGUCAUAUUUCCCCCAAACAUUACAGAGUUAACGUUGUCAUGGAUUAAGUGCAUUACUGAUGAGGGGAUGAAUAGUCUCGCAAAUCACUCCAAACUCAAAUUUUUGAGACUUUUAGGAAAUCCACUUGAGUCGGAAGAUUCCAUUGACCUUAAUUGUGUCAGUGGCAGUUUCCCGCAGCUGGAAGUGUUGCAAAUGGAAUAUUUGAAACUUCGAAAGUGGGAAUUAGGCAAUGGUGCAAUGCGGAGGCUUCAAAAUGUGAUUAUCCGUGAUUGUCAAUCAUUAGAUAAUCUUCCAAAUGAAUUAUGUUCUUUGAAUCGAUUGAGAAAAGUGCAUAUAACGGACUCUCCUUCAAAACAAACGACUCAUAUCUUAAGAAUUUUGGAAACAAAUAAUGGAGUUCAAGUCGUUAUAGGAGAUUUUUCACCUUGGAAUGAUGACAUUUAUUACAGACAACGACUCUUAUUUUUUGCGCAUAAGGCAGCAGAAGAUUUUAUGCAAUCCAUAUCCCAGUCGUGAUUAUCUACAUCAAUAAUAUUAUUUAUCUUGUAAACAUUA